CGAACGCGACCCGACCCGACCCGACCCGAGCAGACAGAUCGAAUCGGGACAGGAAGCUGCUCGACUCACCGAGGUGGACUGGGCGAGUGAGUGCGAUGGAGUGGACGACGGUGGAGGCCGGGGACGGCGCGAAGCUGAGCGUGCGGCUGUUCAAGCCGCCGGCGUCCGGGGAGGAGCCGGGGGCGGAGGACGUGGCGGUGGUGCUGGUGCACCCCUACACCAUCCUCGGCGGCGUGCAGGGCCUGCUGCGCGGCAUGGCCGAGGGCGUCGCUCGGCGGGGGUACACCGCCGUCACCUUUGACAUGCGGGGGGCGGGGAGGUCUACGGGGCGGGCAUCUCUUACGGGCUCGACCGAGGUCGGGGAUGUCGUCGCCGUCUGCCGAUGGGUCGCCGAGAACAUCAAGCCGCGCGGCGUCCUCCUCGUCGGAUCCUCCGCUGGGGCGCCAAUUGCAGGGUCUGCAGUUGAUAAAGCUGAUCAGGUGAUUGGUUAUGUUAGUAUUGGGUACCCGUUUGGUCUAAUGGCCUCAAUCCUAUUCGGGAGGCAUCAUGAUGCUAUACUCAAGUCUGAGAAACCAAAGCUCUUCAUCAUGGGGACCAAAGACGGCUUCACAAGCGUCAAACAGUUGCAAAACAAGCUCAAGUCUGCGGCUGGAUGGGUUGAUACACACUUGAUUGAAGGAGCUGGCCACUUCCAAAUGGAGGGCCCUGCUUUUGAUGCCCAGAUGGUAGAUCUUAUUGUUAAUUUUAUCAAAUCCUUGCCCAAAUAGCAUUAACUGUGAUUGUGUGCAUGUUUGCAAAAAAUUAUAGUGAUGAGCAAAACAUGGUAUUUGAAUAGUGUCUUCAUGGUGUGCAUUUCUCAUCCUGCACAUGUGCACUGUCUGUUGUUGUUUGAAACGAUGUACACUGUUGUAUUCUAAUGUAAUUUUUUUUAUUGAAGCCGAUGUAAUCUGACUUUCAAAUGCAAGCUUUAUAGAAAAAUCUCAGUUCCAUCA